CUUCAUCGGAUCUCACAUUCUACGCUGUUAGAUCAACAUAUCACAACGGCUUACUGUACACCUAUACAACCCUUGAAAACGACAACCAUGUCACUCAGAAUCGCAACCACCACAGCCAGGGCUAUCCCAGCAAGGGCCGUAGCCACACGAUCAAUCAUGACUCUCAGGAGAGUCGCCGUCCCACAGGCCUCUCCUAAAGGCUACAGGCAAUCAUCCAUCCUCCAAGACACAGCCAAAACAGCCCAUUCGGCCUUUGCCAACCUCGCUUCCGCCGCGCCUAUCAAAAAGGGGGAUAAGAUGCCGGACGUAGAGAUCAAGAUUGAUGGCCCUGAGGGGAAAGUGAACUUGGGCAAGGAAAAGGGGAAAAAUGUGGUCGUUUUAGUUCCUGGAGCAUUCUCGGGCGUCUGCUCAAACCAAGUCCCGCCUUACAUUACCUCUUUCUCCGAUUUCAAAGCCAAAGGGAUCAACAAUGUCUACGUCGUAGCAGUGAAUGAUAUCUUUGUGGUGAACGCUUGGAAAGACAAGAUGAUUGGGGAGUUUAGCUCCAAAGAGGGGGAGGGAGUCAAGUUUGCCGCCGACGACACUGCUGCCCUCGCCUCGGCCCUUGGCCUCACCUUCGAUGCCCAACCCGUGUUUGGUGGACCGCGGCUCAAGCGCGGCGUGUUGGUCGUUAAUGAUGGGGUGGUAGAGUAUGUCGGUGUGGAGGAUAGUCCUGGUGAUAUCACCAUCUCUGCUGCUGAUAAAGUCAUUAAGCAACUUUAAGACGGCGUCACCUCGUUAGACUACUGAGAUGAACGGGAGAGAAAGGAUGUGUGAAUGUUCCGUCGCAUGUGCAAACAACGCGUUAACAGAAGAGAAAAAGAAGAGGGGAGAUGCAACAUGAUACUGCCUGCUUGUCUUUAUGGACCAGACAUGCUGUUCGGAAUCGAGUUUUUCUAUCCACAUGUGCCCGAUGGUUUGUUCAUCAAAGAUUGUUUUUCUGGGUGGCCUAUUGCGUUUUGGUUACGGACUAUGAAAGAAGAUGACUGUGCUGUUACGAUCAACCCCGCAAUUCUUCCUUUUGAGUAACACAGCGCACAGUGUGAAAACGAUUGGCCAAGUUUACAAUCACGUCUUUUGACUUGAAAAAUAUGACCAACCACUAUUGUUGAUUCGUUAUAAAAUAGUUGCAUUGAUUGAUGACUAUUUACAUAGAUGGUAUGUGAGAUAUAAUUUCCAACUUUAUUUGUCAACUAAGUCCCUAAUAUGAAGUAAUACA